AGUCUUUGUGUUCAUCUAGCCUGCGAGAGCUAGCUGAAACACUUCCCAGGUAUACACGCCGAUUCACCGAAUUUCCUCUACGAGUGGGGGUGUUGUUUAUUGAACGAGGCGACAGCUGACGCUGAAGAAAUGAGGCGCUCCAAAUAAUACUGGACGCUAGGAAAACUUAAAGCCAAUGGCCAUUUCCGCAAUGUACUCAUACAAUCUGAAUGUGCCGGAAAACAGAACUGAGUCUGGCACCUCUUUAAGUUAUUAUCUGAACGACGUUCGACUUACACCCGUCUUCUUCUCGUCGAAAUUUUUCCUCCCUACUUGCUUAUUGUGUCUUUGAAAGCUACCAGAGCUUAUUUUACACAAUGUCAAGCACGUCACACUCCUUCGGGGCAGGCUGUCUUCGCCUCCUGUUAUCAUGGGUAGUCCUACAAGCAGCCCUCGUUGGCGCAUCCCCAACACCAGUCACGAAACCGGACACUCUUCCCUAUCCUGACGAUGAACCGCUCGCCAAGCGAGUCGUGGGCCAGUUCCCCAACUUUGCCAAUGACUACAAUGGCCGUGUUCAAAAAGGUGUCUACCUUCGCACGCUCAUGCCGCUGAGCGACGCGGCUGCGACGCGCCAUAAUCGCGGGGUCAGCGUCGCGAGCCCGUGGCAGAAUCAGGCCGCAGUCGAGCAAUGGGGGUGGACGCGCGAAAUCAACUGGGCGCCGUUCAACACUAACGGCGGCGACGAAUUCACUGACGGUGACGACUUUGACCAAUUCGAGACCUCGCCUGGUUUCGGGAACCUCAUGGACGAUGUCUUUGCGGACCCGAGUCACCCAGUAAACCCGAUGGAAAACGGGUUGUCCACAUUCCUGCAUGCAAAUGACUUUACACUCCGGGAUGGAUCGUGGGGAGAGCCAUCGCAAGCCUCUUAUCAAAACGUUUUUAAUCCCCGCUCGGGUGCAAUUAUAUUUGAUAGAGAUUUCAGCCCUCGGUAUCAAAUAGCUGAAAGCGGCGCCGGCGACGUCCCGGAACUUGAACAGCUCUCCGACCUCGCAUAUUUCCAAUGGCUCGAUGCUUGCGCAGCGAAGCGUGUUCGUCCUACCAACAUCAACCUCAUCUUCCAGUCUCACAUCACCUACGUCCCCAGCUUUAGGCUCAUCGUACAGGCUCUGUAUGACGGCGGGUACCGCAGUGUGCCGGGUUGGGGCCAGAGAGCGACGUUCUCUAUGGACUCCCGGCCGGGACAAGCCAUCCUGGGAAGCACGCACGGCGCGGCUCCGGCCUUGUUUCUCAUUCAGCACAAGGCGACGUUUGGUCGGAAGGUGAUCACGGAGGUGACGGUUUGGGGAGGCGCGCGCGGCUUCAGUUUUAGAGCAGACCCGGAAGUUGAGACUCUUAACUUAAGGUUCACCGUUAGGGACGCCUAAACAGUCUCCUCCAAAGCUAGGCAAGUUCAAGAGUAUGAACAGAGGAAUGUGAAAUGGUUUAGAAACGACUGUCAUCUAAAUUACGUGGAUACAGUGUUCGUGUCAAAUGAGCUAGACUGAACGACCUGAAUUUCAUGUAUCAAUACCAUCUUUGCAUCAACGACAUGCCUACUAAGGUAGUCUAAAGAUCUUCGAGCCAACUAUGGG